GGUAUCUUUUGUGACUGAAUUUGCGAAGCCAACUGUCGACUCGAUGUGUGGUAUCAAGUGUAUAAAGACCCUCCUUUUUGCCUUCAAUUUUAUAUUUUGGGUAGGUAUAAAUAAUUUUGAGUUAGUAUGCGUCUCCUUGAGUUUCGCUGUACAGCUGAAAUUCGCCACAGCGUUUCACUAGCGUUACUGGAACGAUCCUAGGGUCUGGUUGUAAACAGUCUGUUUUAGUUUCUCGUCUGUCUUAAUCUGUUCUUAUUGAGAGAUUUUUACUCGCUAUUCAAAUGUGGGAAAACUUUCUCAAUAUCACUCUGAACUGAGACAAAAAUAUAGCUAAGUAAUUCCUCAGAGACUGUAUUGAGAGUCGUGCUAAUGAACCAUGUGAUUCUAUGAUGAUUGUGGAAAUAUUUUUGACAUUGCGGUAUUUUUUUGCUGGUCUUUUCCCGCAAUUUCAAAACGGAAGGUAAAAUCUCUUUAUUUACCCGAAUAAAUAUUCCAGCCCUGCCUAAUGCAUGUAAUUGGCAGCAAGAAGCAAGUGUUUUGUUCGCCGUGACAAUGUGACUCACACCAAACUUAAAUAUGGUCGACAUGCAUAUUUAUUAAUUGGCGCUGAAAUAUUAAAUUCGCCUAUUGACAACUGAAAAGGUUUAACGUUGGACAGGCGGAAGUCGGUCUGAUGUUUUCAGGAGCACAGGCAAACGACAAGGUCGAGAAAUCAUCUUUAAGAUUCUUUUUGUUUUAAGUUAUUGAAAUGGCGAAUAACAGACGAGCUAUAACAAUAUUCUCGUGCUGCGGCCAGUGAUAUUGUCCUACACAUCGUACUCUGGUGACCGCAAAAUGGGUCAGUAUUCACUUACUGUCAUCUGCUCAGCGGUAUAUAAAAAAAGAAUGCAUUUCAACGAUAUUUGUGCUAGAGUUUUGCCCAUAACUUUGAUAUUGAAUGAGAGAGAACUUUGCGUACUCUAUGGAGUUUUCUAAUCCUUUUGCUUCGCUAAUAGGAUUUGUUGUUGCGAUGUUAAUGAAAAUUGGCAGUAAUUAUCGGACGUCUGUCAUUCAAUUAAAAAUCAGGCGCACAAAAGAGUGCGUGAAAUAACGUGUGCUAUUUACGAUAUCAUAUCAAUAUCAUCUAUUACGUCUUCCAUUCGUGACCUUUCGCCAAUUGACGGCUGAUGCUAAGAAGUUGUUAAGAGACUCUUCACAGGCCUCUAUUUUUGAUUGAAUCACAUGCGUCAGUAAACUUCGAAUUAGAAAGUUCCACCAAAAGAUGAAUGUUAGAAACGCUCUCCAUGCUUGUACCAAGUUCGUUUUUACAAUGUUUCCUUGGAUGAACCGAAAAUUCUUGAUACGUUCAAAUCAAUUCAGGGCCUGGGGGAGAGUGAUAGGUCCUGGAGGCAACGCACGCGAACAUGAGUAAAGAGUCACGCAAGGAAACAUGCACUCCUAUCGCGCUUGUUCGUUGCGUGUUUCUGCCUGUCAAUUAACUUUUUGGAUACAACAUUUUAACCGACAAAUUUUACACCACAGUACCCCGUAAAUUAUAUUUUUUCUUUCCAAAGGGGUGCGCGCGGGAGUAUUUGUAUCUUAAAACUCCGUCUGUAACGCUCUUGAUAAAAUCUUUGAUCAUAUUUUCAUUCUUCGUUUUCGCAGCUUGCCGGCGCGGCGGUCUUAGGAAUAGGAAUAUGGUACGAGAUUGACCCAGGGCAGUUUAACGCCUUUCUUGGGAAUAGUGGCUACCGGCUUCCCUCCAUAAUCUUAAUGGCGACUGGUGGAUUUGUGAUGUUCGUCGGUUUCCUUGGAUGCUGCGGGGCCAUAAAGGAAAGUCGAUGUCUCCUGGGUUUGGUAUGUUGUUGUUGUUGUUGGUUGUUGGUUGGUACUGAAGCUUGAACUUAGCUGACUUUCAUCUUGAGUGUGGUGCAGUGGCCUGGCGGCCAGUGCGCUAAGCUCCGCAUAAAGAGGUCUGGAAUCGAGCCCCGGCCUGGUCAUAUAUGUUGUUUUCGUGGACAAGACACCCAUAAAUUAUUUGUGGCUUCUCUUGGUAAAGAGUGUAAAUGGGUACUAACAACCUUUUAGGGAAAGAAUAGCCGCGUUGAAAGGCAUUCCUAUGGAGUUUCGUAAUAAAAAAGUCAAUCAGAGGAGAGGAGCAUAUUAGAGAGUUAAUGAGGACUCUAAGUAAAAACAAGCAGACAGCUUGGAGCGCAUAAAAAUGCAAGCAACCAAGCUGCAAUAGGUUUUAGUCAAGAAUCAGAUUUGUUGAGAAAGUGACGCGAGUUUUCUGGAAUAAUAUCACAGCGAAGUAAAGCAAAAUCAGAGAAAUCCCGUAUUACUUUUGACGCUCAACUGAAAAUUGCUCCAGUUACCUCCGAUCAAUCAGUAUUCAGGGGAGGAGCUUAUCCAGUACUCCAUGUUCAUUUAUGUCAUGGAAAACGGGAUAAGCUGAGGUAGUGAUGAGCUGUUGGGUUUGUUAUGCAUAGUUAACCUUUAGCCUUUUAUAUGUUUCUCUGUUUUUUCAGUUCUUUGGCUGCUUAUUUUUGAUAUUUGCUGCUGAGGCUGUGGCGGGAAUUCUUGGUUUCCUUUAUCGCGACAGGGUAGGUCUGACUUUCUAUAACUUUUCUUUAGUAUUUUCACACAUUUCCGAUUUCUUAAGCUUUGGGUAUGUGAAUUCAUAUUAUUAAAGACGUAAAAAUAAUUUAUUUGUUAAAAAAACUAAUGAGACCAAACGUUGUAUUAAACCGAAUCCAGUCAGUUAUCAAUUGAAAUGAAAAUUUAAACUUCGGAAAAUACCAGGCACGAGCGUCGGAACAGCGCACGUGGAAAGUCAAGUGAGAGGUCUUAAUUAGGAUCACCGACAACUGCUCAUUCCUCCCCGUUUAUGUUUGCUCUCGGAUGGGCUUCUAUAACUUGUGUUUCCUCAACCACUGCGCAAGUAUUGUAGUUUCCCAAUCCCCCUCGAACGCUGUGAAAAUGAAUUUUACGAGGUGCCUGCAGAGAGAGAAAGGUCUCAGAAAUUCGACUUGGUGACCAAUGCGUUUGACAUAUCAACUUCCAUUCUGGAGGAAAGGGAGUAAAAUGUUUCUUAAACUUAUAAUCAAACAACUUCUUCGUUUUUCUUUCAAAAGGUUGAAACUGAGGUGGAAAACAGACUUAAAGAAGAAAUAAAGACAAAUUAUGGGGUGAAAAUCGAUUCAACCACUAAUCAAAACGUGGAUAAUUUACAAAUUCGUGUAAGCAGAUCAUUUUUUUUAUUUCUUUAGACAUAAAACACAAUUUCCCAUUAAUAUAAGGUAAGAAGCUUUAUGUUUAGAAGUGACUGUAACUUUGUUACCAUCAAAGAAGGGUGGGGACGAGUUUCAAGCACUCUCAUUAUUCCCUUGUCUGCUAAACCUCCUUCGUAACAAAGAGAGGCUUACAACUAAGCCCAGCCUCUAUCUCCCUCUUAACAAAGAGGGGCUUACAAAUUAGCCCAGCCUCUAUCUCCCUCUUUACAAAGAGGGGCUUACCAACAAGCCUAGCCUCCCUCUUCACCAAGAGGGGCUUACAAACAAGCCCAGCUUCUCCCUCCCUCUUUAAAAGAUGAGCUUACAAACAAGCCCAGCCUCCUCCUCCCUCUUUACAAAAAGGGUCUUGCAAACAAGCCCAGCCUCUCCCUCCCUCUUUAAAAGAUGAGCUUACAAACAAGCCCAGCCUCCUCCUCCCUCUUUACAAAAAGGGUCUUGCAAACAAGCCCAGCCUCUCCCUCCCUCUUUAAAAGAUGAGCUUACAAACAAGCCCAGCUUCCCCCUCUCUCUUUACAAAAAGGGUCUUACAAACAAGCCCAACCUCUCCCUCCCCCUUUAAAAGAUGAGCUUACAAACAAGCCCAGCCUCCCCCUCUCUCUUUACAAAAAGGGUCUUACAAACAAGCUCAACCUCUCCCUCCCCCUUUAAAAGAUGAGCUUACAAAAAAGCCCAGCCUCCCCCUCUCUCUUUACAAAAAGGGUCUUAUAAACAAGCCCAACCUCUCCCUCCCCCUUUAAAAGAUGAGCUUACAAACAAGCCCAACCUCCCCCUCUCUCUUUACAAAAAGGGUCUUACAAACAAGCCCAGCCUCUCCCUCCCUAUUUAAGAGAAGAGCUUACAAACAAGCUCAGCCUCCCCCUCUCUUUCAGCUAACCUUUUGCACAGAAUCGUUCAGUCAGAGUUUUAUACAUCAAACUGAUUGUUUUCCUCAGAAGGUACAUAGGUUUUCCUUGAGGAAGUAAAACAAUACUUACUAUACUAUUCUUCGUCGUCUAAUCUCUGAAGCUCGAAUGCUGUGGCGCAAGUAAUUACACGGACUGGGACGAAAGUAAAUGGAAAGAAGUCAAUAAGGACAAUAAAGUACCGCUGAGUUGCUGUAAGAAGGACGAAAACACAAGAACUUGCAACAAGGUUUCGAAUUUUGAUAAAAACAAAAUUCAUACGAAGGUAAUGUUUUUAAUAUUUGCGGUUCCUUAGACGAGCAGUAAGCUCCAGAAACCAUAAAACUUUUAUCUUCGUCUUUAAAAAGGGUUUAGGGACCAAUCAUUAUUUACCGCCAGAAGGGUUGGGAGGACUUAGGUCGUGUCACAGUAAAAUUUACCUUUUCCUCCUCCAAGGCGUGGUAGUCUUCUAAUAAUUCCCCAUUAUUAGCAGUCAGUUUCCUAGAGUGCCCCGUCUAUACUCUGGUAGUGGCGACUGAUCCUUCCUCCGCCUCCUCCCUGCAAACCAUGCGUCCUCCCCCCUACCAGGUGAUAAAGAAUGAUUGGUCCAUUGACAGCGUUUUGACAUUCUGAAGAGUAUAAUCUAACCUCUACAAGUUUAUCCUCCAAUCUGCCAUUAUUUUCAAUAUUCAUCGGUAACUUUCAUCCUUUUUUUUACAUCUGCCUGGCGAUCCGUUUGAACGACUAAGAGUCGCAAAACAAGGCAUUUGUGACUCAAAUAAUGAUGUUUUCUUCGAGAACCAGAGCAGCACGGCUUAUUGUGAACCGCUUGAUGAUGCGAUUCCAUCGUUACUUAGGUGUGCGGCCAGGUUACUAAAUUGUUUUCAAUAUGGCGGCGUUAGUGGACGGGCAGUUUUUGAACGGUUAGUUUACCCCUGAAAAUCAAGUAACGCAGUGAGAAGUUAACUCACGUAUACAUAGUUUUCCUUAUGGAUAUAAAGAUUUUAUGGUUUCUGCACCAUAAAUCUCCCGUAUACCUGUCUCGCUCUCUCUCAUCGUAAUCAAUGACCCUUUUAGAAAUCCGGCACUAAUCAACUCUUAUCAACUAAUACGGCCAUACGGUGUGAAUUCAUACUUUAAAAGUGCGGCUUCCCGGCAACACUCCCUCUCAUGCCUGGUCUGAAACCCAGACAACCCUCAGCCAAGUAUCACACAAGUAAUGCGCCGAUCAAUUCAAAUUGAUCGAUGCAUAACUAAGUGACUCCUACGCGCAAUCGCCCGCUUUCUAACACUCUUGUCUUCAAAUUCUUUCCAGGGUUGUCUUCAGUCGCUAACAGAUUUUGUCGAUAAACAUCUGUUCGUCCUCGGUAUUGUAGCAGUAUCCAUUGCCGGAAUCCAGGUUUGUAGAUGUUCCUUCCACAGUAACCCAGUUUCUUAUUGCGCCCACCGUAGGCAAAAAUCUGUAGGCGUUUCUUCGUGCUGGUUACUCGUGUAACGGCUCAAGGGCGUAACUUAGGUAUCACGGAAGGAAAAAAAGGAAAACGAAAGAUUUAUCAACUUCUGAAAAUAUAUUUUGGUAUCGUUUUAACUCAGGAGUUAUAGAGCAAAAAUUGAUUUGAUGGUUGCACGAAAGGCGCGAGAUUGAUGAUCGCGAGAAAAUAUAUCAUAACGAAAAAGUAAUGAUCAUAUUAUGAGAGAAAAAAAAGCGAAUGAAAAGUGAAAUACUCAGCAUCAAGCCUUUACGUACAACUACUGAAGGAGUUCAGUCAGUGUGAACAAGAGCUCAGAUAUGUUUUCACGAGAUGUUUCUUUUUGUUUUCAGUUACUUGGAAUGAUUUUUGCCUGCUGCCUCUUCUGUUCUAUUGAUGUAUGAAGGAAAGAGGACGUAAAUCAAUUGAUAUGGGAAUCAUUUAACUAUACAGCUAGUAGUUUAACUGCCUUUUAUUUAAUCUAAUUCUUUGGAAGAAAAAUAAUUGAAGCCAAAGAUAUCAACUCAGCCCAGACAUCAAUUUUUAUCGAGGAAAACUUGGUUGAAUUGAUUAAGAAUUUUCUUCCUUGAAGUUGCUAUCAGGAAAUUGAAUGCUUUCGAGAGCUCUUAGAGUUCUUGUUUUAGAGCGUAUUUUAAUUAAGUCUCGUAAAACAAAAAAAUAAAAAGAAAUCAAUGGGAAAUCAAAACAAUGGAAGACGUUAGAUAAAAUGAAAACAAAUUCGAGAUGAAAAUCGACAAUCUUGAUUGAAGUGUGGAGAAACGCGGCUGAUCAAGUCACUAUUGUCCGGAUUUUUCCAUCUGAUUGAUUGAGAGAGUGGCAUGAGUUUUGUAGAUUAAACAGAUUAAGUUAAAACCAUUGUAAUCCAUGCCGACUGCUUCAGGCACUGAAGCACUGAGAAGAACCAAGGAGCUUAAUGCCUUAAGUCGUUGCUCUGGUGUUCUAUUUGUUUGUUUGGGGUCCGCCUAGAAUAUGACGACGCUAUAUUGAAUUUCAAAGUGCGAACGAACGGGAAAAGUAGGAUGCGGACGUGGGACGCCAUGGAAGAUUGCUACCUCGUUCCCAGGACUUCUCUUAUUUACCGCACAAAAGAGAUCCUGUAUAGUGUGAGAUCCUUCAUCGAUUGCUUUUAUGCAUGAUGACGUCAUUUACUGAAAUUCACCGCCAAGCCUCGUUAACUGUGAAGUUUUCGUAAAUCUUUGCCACUUUCUUGUUGUUUCCGUAUGGGUGUUCUCAUGAUUUCAGUUUUUGGGUUACUUUCUUGUGAAAAUUCAUCACUUCCUUCCUUGAAAGCGAGGUUUGGGGUGGAAAAAGGUAUUUCGAAGUAAAAAUGUAUAAGGCUUGUCUUGGAUAAGUUAUUAGUGUAUUUGUCUUUAAUGAGGCGCUUUUCGAUUGAGUGUCGUUGAACAAAAACCAAAGUAAUCACGCGGCCAAUGAGAUUUAAUGAAGAUAUUACGUGGGCUCGAUAUCCAUUGUUUUCUCGCGUCCAGUCUUCGGUCCUCCCGAGGAGGAGCGCGGGUUCACUCUCCAAGCAGCGGCUGGUAAUCGCGUUAAAUGUCUCAAGGAGUAAACAAAAACUCAAAGUAAAAUCACUUAGCUGGCCGCAAGCGCUGGAAAACGCAAAUUAUCACGUCUCGAUUGGUUGCAGUCUUGCAUGUGAUUUGUUAAGUAAAAGACGAGGGUUUUUUAACCAAUCACAAGGCAUGGUCGAAUAAGCUCAAAGUAAUGACACUAUCGACACUUGAUCGAGAACCGCUUCAACUUUGGAUAGUUUUAAUAGUUAGAGCAGACAGGAUUGAUAAUAGAUACAAUAUAACUAUCCCUAAAACGCGUAAAGCUGGGUCAAACCAUAAAAAUGUACACAUCAUAUCAAAAUAAGGACAUAUAAUCAGCAAAUAAUGUGAAAAACAAAAAUAUAUAUUGGGCAUAUAGGUUCAGUGAAAGGGAUAUAAAGAUAAAGGCACUGAGAC